AUGCUUUCCUGUUCGGCCACGGAGCGAAUGUCAGGGUCAGGGAUCCAGCGCCUGCUGCAUGGCGUGACGGAGCCUCUGGGCGUCGCGCACCCCGCAGUAGAGCACAUGGAGUAUCAGGCCGCUAACAUCGCGGGACCUCAGGACGUCCAAGAUGGUGCUCAUGAGGCACUCCAGCACUUUGGUCCCUAUGGAAACAUUCCCAGUGUUGUACCAGAGUUGACAGAGGACAGCAUAUCCAAGGAGUACAGGGAGGAUCAGGUCUACCCAGAUCCCCCCAACCCCUGUCCUUUGGGCAAGGCUGCAGUGGACGGAUGCCUGGAGAACUUCCCGAACACAGCUAACUUCAGCAGAGAGCUCCAGCAGCACCAGCACCCAUCUAAACUAGCGCAUAACUACCCAACUCUGGCCAAGUGGAACAAGGAACUGCUUUAUGAAAUGUUGGAGAGGGGUGACAAAAGACGAAAGAGGAGUGCCAAUCCCUAUUUGAUGGGGCAGAGACUGGACGGUGUAGUGGCUAAAAAAUCUGUCCCCCAUUUCUCAGAAGAGGACACAACCAUCACCAGCUCUAAGACAAAAUGA